AUGGAUCAUACUACACCCAGCACAGACCGCUUUGUCAGAGCCAUGUUUAAACAACUCGAUCCUGAGUUGUCCAGUUUAUCUCUUGAAGAUUCCAUUGAUGCCAAGCUGCCCUAUACCAGAAGAGAUCUACCUUCAAGGGCAGGCCACACUUUUCCUGGCCGGGAGAAGACCAUGAUGGAUAGGGAGCCGGAUGACAGUGCCCAUGCUUACACCCAUGGCACAACAUCUUUUACAUGGCAAAUCAGAAGGAACCUUCAGGGGUCGGAGCCUGAGCUAGUGCACCACCACCACUUCAGUUCCACCAGCUCUCUCGAGGCUCCUCUCAGUCCUUCACAACCCAGGAGACCCUGGAGUCGAUUUGAAUAUUUUGACUCAUGUGAGGACCAUGAUAAGGAAUAUGUGGGCUUUGCAACACUUCCCAACCAAGUACACAGGAAAUCUGUAAAAAAGGGCUUUACCUUUACACUUAUGGUUGCUGGGGAGUCUGGUUUAGGAAAGUCGACACUGGUAAACAGUCUUUUCCUGACAGACAUCUACAAGGACAGAAAAAUGCUAAAGGCUGAAGAGAGGAUUACUCAGACAGUGGAAAUCACCAAACAUACCGUUGCCAUCGAGGAGAAAGGAGUCAAACUCAAUCUCACCAUUGUGGACACACCAGGCUUUGGAGAUGCUGUUAACAACACAGAGAGCUGGAAGCCUGUAGUGGAUUAUAUAGACCAGCAGUUUGAGCAGUACUUCAGAGAUGAAAGUGGCUUAAAUCGCAAGAACAUUCAGGACAACCGAGUGCACUGCUGCCUGUACUUCAUCUCACCUUACGGACAUGGUCUUAGGCCAAUUGAUGUGGAGUUUAUGAAGGCAUUGCAUGAGAAGGUAAACAUUGUUCCUGUGCUGGCGAAAGCAGACUGUCUCAUACCAAAAGAAGUGGCAAAGAAGAAAAUAAAGAUUCGAGAGGAGAUUGAAAGAUUUGGGAUCAACAUCUACCAGUUUCCUGAUUCUGACUCAGAUGAGGAUGAAGAAUUUACACUCCAACAUCAAGAGCUUAAAUAAGCAUGAGACAGUAUUCCCUUUGCUGUUGUUGGCAGUAAUAUCUUAGUUGAAAGCAACGGCAGGAGAGUCCGAGGCCGCGUGUAUCCAUGGGGUGUAGUAGAAGUGGAAAACCCCACCCACUCUGACUUCCUGAUGCUGAGGAACAUGCUGGUUUGUACCCACAUGCAGGACCUGAAAGACGUGACGCAGGAAACACACUAUGAGAACUUCCGUGCUGAGAGUAUCCAAAACAUGACCCGCUUGGUGGUCAGAGAGAGAAAACGCAGUCUGUGUAAGUAUCUAAGUGAGAACACCUCAGACUUACCGCUGGUGCCUGUGGACGAUGAAACUGAACGCCUUCUUUGGGAGAAAGAUGAAGAGCUGCAAAAAAUGCAAGAGAUGCUGCAAAGAAUCCAAGAGCAGAUGAUGAAAGAACAAUCAAACAGCUGAUUUGUGUGAAGACAGAACAUUUGCAUAUACUGUAUUGCUCUGCAGUACUUUGCUCUAUAAGAUUUGUAAAUCUUUGUAAUGUGCAGU